AUGGUAUCCGUAUACGCUCUUUCUUGUGGGCACUUUACUCUACCGGAAUAUCAAUUUGUCCAUCCUGUCUCCAAAGAUGCUCGCAAAACAGUGCCUUCCCUUGCCUUCCUCCUUGUCCAUACCGAUCCCAACACUGGCCGGGCAACAAGGAUUCUGUUUGACCUGGGCCUCCGGCGAGACAUAAAUCGAUAUGUUGCGCCUAUUCAGAAACACAUCGAGACACGGCAGCCUCUGACAACGGAACCAGACGUUGUGGCGAGUCUGGCCAAAGGCGGCCUCACGCCUGAUGACAUUGACUAUAUUAUUUACUCCCAUGUGCAUUGGGAUCAUAUCGGAGAGCCACUCGACUUUCCCACAUCAACAUUCGUGGUCGGGCAUGGAUCGAUUGAUGUCCUAAACGGCAACUGUUCCUCGCUGCGAGGGGGGCACUCGACAUUUGAAAAGGACCUGCUUCCCGUUGGACGGACAAUCGAACUAGCAGGCCCAGCACAUGUUACAACGACAAAUAAAUCCCCUCCUCCCGAGCUUGGGGGAUUGCCGAAUUUCAGUCAAGAUUGGAAACCCCUUGGUAGCCUCCCGCGUACUUUGGAUCUAUUCAAUGACGGUUCAGUGUACAUAGUUGAUGCGCCAGGUCACUUGCCUGGACAUAUCAAUCUGCUGGGUCACACCCCUAAUGGCAGGAUCUACUUGGGCGGAGAUGCAUGUCACGACAGGAGACUAUUAACUGGAGAGAAGGAGAUUGGCGAAUGGCACGAUGUUCAUGGAAAUGUCUGUUGCAUACAUGCAGACAGAGCUGCUGCUGAAGCGACAAUCGAGCGGAUAAGACGGCUUGAGAAGGAUGGCGUGGAGAUCAUAUUCUCCCAUGAUGUUGAGUGGGAGAAUGAUCCCGCUAAUAAGCAAAACCGCCUGAAACAGGAAUUCGACAAAGAACUUGGACCCUCGGCCUUUGAUCCCUCAUGGUCCCGUCUCCUCCGAUUCUCACCCCCAAUGUUCGCCGCAACCAUGCGCCUCACCUCUGUCCCGAAGCGCAAAUCCCACCUUGCCCCCAAAAUCCAAAGUCUCAUCUCCCUCGCUGUUUCCGCCUCUUCAACACACCUACACGUCCCGCAUAUCCAGCGCCACACCCGCGCCGCCCUAUCCCACGGCGCCACGAAGGCCGAAAUCGUAGAGGUCCUGUGUUUGACAUCCACGCUGGGCAUUCACGCAUGCAACAUCGGCGUGCCGCUCCUGUGCGAAGUGCUACGGGAAGAAGGACACGACGUUCCCAGCGGGAUGGACGGGAUGAGCGAAGAGCAAUGGAGGCUGAAAGAGGAGUUUGAAAGGAAGAGGGGGUAUUGGCAUGGGUUCUGGGAGGAUUUCUUGAGACUGAGCCCCGAGUUCUUUGAGGCGUAUACGGAGUUUAGCGGGGUGCCGUGGGAAGAGGAUGCGGAGGCGGAGGGGGAGGAGGGUGGGGAGGUGAGGAAGGGUGUGUUGGAGCCGAAGGUUAAGGAGCUCAUAUACUGUGCCUUUGAUGCAGCGGCCACACAUCUGUAUCAACCGGGUUUGAAAAUGCAUAUGAAGAAUGUAUUGACGUAUGGUGGGACGGCCGAGGAGAUCAUGGAGGUGUUGGAGUUGGCGACUCUGUUGAGCACCAGUACGCUGGACGUUGGCUUGGAGGUUUUGGAAAUCUCAGUGCCCUUCCUCCCUCCACUCCGCACGCUUUCAAACACACUGCUUGUCAGUUCGCCGACCUUCUCCCACUCCACCCAGCAUCGUGAAACACAGCGAAAAAACCCUUCACAAGCCGCUCAUGACGUCUCUAGCAAACCCGCAAGCAGCAAGGCGCAAACGCCCACCGCUACGGAUUAA